CGCUCGCCCGCCCAGGACGCGCUUCCGAACUCGCAAGCGCAGUAGGCGCAGUGCGUGCUGUCCUCGGGUGGCAGGGGGCGCAGAAACUUGGGCUGCAGAAAAACGAUCCUGUUUGCUGUGUAAUCCUGAGAAUGGGCUGCAAGAGAGGAAAAACUGGGCAUCUGCUUGGGAAUCUCUUGCGGAAAUCCAGCAGGGUGUUUCCAGACCAGUCCCUGGGUGCCAACUAGAGUAUGGACUGACCAGGUACCUGGAUGGAGACCUGAGCUGGAGAAGGAGAUGCGCUUGGAAAUUGCAGAGGCCGUCAACAUGGAAAAGCAGCCCCAGAACAAGAGGAGAGGCCUUGCCCCCCGAGAGGUGCCGCCAGCCUUUGGGCUGCUGCUGAUCAUGGCCCUGAUGAAUAUUCUGCUCUACCUCUGCCUCGACCACUUCUUCAUUGCUCCUCGACAAUCCAUUGUGGACCCCAGACACUGUCCCUAUGGUCACUUCAGGAUAGGACAAAUGAAAAACUGCUCACCUUGGCUGUCCUGUGAGGAGCUGAGAAUAGAAGUGAGACAGCUAAAGCGUGUCGGGGAAGGAGCCGUGAAGAGAGUCUUUCUGUCUGAGUGGAAGGAGCACAAAGUUGCCCUCUCACGGCUUACCAGCCUGGAGAUGAAAGAUGAUUUCCUCCACGGACUGCAGAUGCUGAAAUCUCUACAAGGUGCACAUGUUGUCACGCUGCUUGGCUAUUGUGAGGAUGACAACACUAUUCUUACUGAAUAUCACCCUCUAGGUUCCUUGAGUAACCUGGAAGAAACACUAAACCUUUCAAAGUACCAAAAUGUCAACACGUGGCAGCACAGGCUGCAGCUGGCCAUGGACUAUGUCAGCAUCAUUAAUUACCUGCACCACAGCCCCAUGGGCACACGGGUCAUGUGUGACUCCAAUGACCUGCCCAAGACACUGUCCCAGUAUCUGCUGACAAGCAACUUCAGCAUUUUGGCGAAUGACUUGGAUGCCUUACCCCUGGUGAACCACAGCUCUGGGACACUGGUGAAGUGCGGCCACAGGGAGCUUCAUGGGGAUUUUGUGGCUCCAGAGCAACUGUGGCCCUACGGAGAGGACAUGCCUUUCCGCGAUGAUCUCAUGCCCUCAUAUGACGAGAAGAUUGACAUUUGGAAGAUCCCAGACAUCUCCAGUUUCCUUCUGGGGCACGUUGAAGGGAGUGAUAUGGUCCGAUUCCAUUUGUUUGAUAUUCACAAAGCAUGCAAGAGCCAGACUCCCUCAGAAAGACCCACUGCCCAGGACAUUCUGGAGACCUACCAGAAGGUCUUGGAUACACUUAGAGAUGCCGUGAUGUCUCAGGCAAGAGAGAUGCUGUGAAAACCAGUCCAGCCAAUGAAGGUCAUAUAUCUAAUAAGGAAUUGAUAUCCAGUGUACAUGUAGAACUCCUGUAAUUCAACACAAAAACCAAACAGUCCAAUUAAUAAAUGGAGAAGAGAUUUGAAUGAACAUUUUUCUAAAGAACAACUGAAGCUCAAGAUUUCCCAGAUAACUUUUCUUUCUUCAAAAUCUGCUUCUGUGUUUCCUCAUCUGUAGGUGGCACAGCAUGCAUCUGAUUUCCCAAGCCAGAAACCUCAGAAAUCUUGACUCCAGGAAGAAAUACUGAGUUUUUAAAAACUCAACUUAUUGACUCAUUAUUUUAUAUAAUAAAAUGCAACAGUUUUAAGUGUAUAUUUCAAUGAGUUUUGAUACAUUUAUGUACUUGUGUCACUAUCCCCAUAGAUAAAGAGACAAAGCAUUUCUAUCACACUGGCAAUUUCCUAUGUGUCCCAUCCCAAUCAAUCCUUUCUCCUCUCCUGGCUCCAAGCAAUGACUCUUUUGAUUAGAAUUUCUUUUCUAGAUUUCCAGUAAUGGAAUCAUACAGUGUCUAAGUCUAUUUGUGGUGCUAUAACAAAAUACCUGAGACUGGGUAAUUUAUAUAAAUUAUAGGAAUUUAUUUCUCACAGUUCUGGAUGCUGAAAAGUUUAUGAUCAAGGCAUUAGCAGGUUUGGCAUCUGAGGGCCCAGUUUCUUCUUUGAAGAUGGUGCUUUGAACACUGUCCUCACAUGGUAGAAGGGGCAGAGAGGCAAAAAAAAAAAAAAAAAA